UUACAUGGUAAUAGUAACACAAAUCAAACUUUUAUUCUUGUCCUUAUAAGUAUCUCAAAGUCCUUGUUAGUGUUCCUUUACUUCCAAACAUACAAAUCAGGAAAAAAAAGCUCAGCAUACAAAGAUGUUUCUUUUCUUAAGAUCUCUGUCAAGAACAGUUCAUGAAGUCCAUGAAGAGCAUCAUGAAGAAGACUAUGUAAUCGACGAGGCUUCGUAUAAAUCACUGACAGUGUGGAGGAAAUCUCUGGUUCUUAGUUGCAAUGGAUUCACGGUGAUUGAUUCAGAGGGUGAUUUGGCUUAUAGGGUUGAUAAUUAUUGUGAGCAUCCGAGUGAAAUAAUUCUCAUGGACGGAUGUGGCAAAUCCAAGUUUACUCUUUGUCGUCGUAAGCAGAAGUUGAGGUUGGUUGAUAAAUGGCUUAUUUACAACGACGAAGACGACGACAACAAUUCUGCAGAUGACACCAAGCAUCCGAUUCUGGUUGCGAAAAAACAAAUCAAUCACAUGUUGCAGCAAAACGGAAAUGUGCUUGCUCAUGUGUACGCAGCCACGAGUUCGAAUAAAAUGCAUGCAUACGUGAUUGAAGGAUCUUAUGCACACCGAUCCUGCAAAUUUUACGAUAAAUCGAGAAAAGUUGUCGCGGAGAUCAGGAAAAAGGAAGCGGCGAUCGGAGGAGAGGGAGUUUCGUUCGGAUUAGAUGUUUUCGUGUUGAUCAUAAGGCCAGGUUUCGAUCAGGGGGUGGCAAUGGCUAUCGUUUUGCUUCUUGAUCAGAUGUUUUCGUAGUUUUCGAAACUUAAUUAGUUUGGUUUUUUGAUUUAAUGUUUUUGAAGAUCGUUAGUGUGCUUCUGUAUAGGGAAUGGCUUUUGGUGCGAGCUGUAUAAACGGUGUUUUUCUCGUUAAUAUCACCAUUGGAGAUAUCUUUUAUGAAGAUGAAAACUUAAGGAC